AUGGCGGCGGCAGUAAGACGCUUAAGUAGAGUUUUGCUACAACAUGGGAGGCAUAGUCUUUCCAAAACAGCUUUUCAGGCAUCUCUUUCUCCUUGUUCUGUGAACAUUCAAGUGCCCAACAGACAGUUUGCUGCUGCUACAAAGCCUGCCAGAAAACAACAAAAAGGCCCUAAAGAGAAAACUGUAGAAGAACUAAAAGAUGAGAUAGAAAAAAUAAAGUCUUAUCGCUACAUGGAAGGUGAACCUGAAGAUGAUGUCUAUUUAAAACGCUUAUACCCAAGACAAAUAUAUGAAGUGGACAAAGCUGUUCAGCUACUUAAGAAAUUUCAAGUACUGGACUUCACUUAUCCAAAGCAAGGUGUUUAUCUUGAUUUGACACUUGAUAUGUCUCUACAGAAGAAGAAAAGAGUGGAGCCAUUUGCCAGUGUUCUUAGCCUUCCAUACCCAUUCAGUUCAGAAGUCAGUAAAGUUGCUGUUUUCACAGGGAAUGCAUCACAGACUAAAAUAGCAGAAGAAAAUGGAGCUGUUUUUGCCGGAGGAACUGAUCUGAUUCAAAAGGUUUUGACUGAUGAAAUUCAUGCAGACUUUUAUAUAGCUGUUCCAGAAAUAAUGCCUGAGCUUAAUCCACUAAAGAAGAAACUAAAUAAAAGAUUUCCAAAGUUUACUCGAAAAUCUGUUGGCCGUGACAUUCCCAAAAUGCUUGAAUUAUUUAAAUAUGGACAUGAGAUUGAAGUUGAUCAAGAAAAACAGAACAUUCUCAAGACUAAAAUAGCAACACUGGAUAUGUCAAGUGAUCAGAUAGCUGCCAAUCUGCAAGCUGUUAUCAAUGAUGUUUGUACGCACAGACCCUUGAGUUUGGGACCCUUUGUGGUACGUGCUUUUCUUCGUAGUUCAACAAGUGAAGGUUUAUUAUUAAAGAUCGAUCCUUUGCUGCCUAAAGAAGUAGAAACCACAGAAAGUAACACAGAUGCUGCCUGA